UAUCUGCUGUUGGCUUGUGUGGAUGUAUGUAUGUGUUAUGCAACAUAGCUGACUUGAAACAUUGUUAAAAGUAUCAGGGCCAUGGGACUUUCUCAUGAUGGAAAAAUACAGAGAAGCAUGAAGACAGGAACUGUUCAAAUUAGUUGGGAGGGGGGCACAUUCAGAAUGGGGUGUUGCGAGAACAAGCGGUCUUUUGUUAGAUAACAGGAGCCAGGUACGAGAUAACAGUAUGGAGCAUGAGAGUCUGGAUGUUCUUCACAAGCAACAUUUACAUCUAUCAACAGAAGCGCCAAGAUGCGGGGACCCGCCUGAGCGCCUGCAAUAGGCUGAGCAAGUUCAAACCACGCCCAGUCUACUGUGAUAGGCCAACAGACGGGUUGGAACUGUCUAUCACAGUAUAAAGAAUACUGUUUUACAUAAGUCUUGUCAGUUCCCUGUUCUGCCCUGCGUGGUAUUACAGUGAGCCCGUAUAUACGAAAGUUGCAUUUGCCAUUUAUUACUUAGCUAAUAAAAAAUACAUAGUAUAAAAUCGGCGACUCAUUGUUAUAUUUAUCCUGAUACCAGAUUCGAAUUUACGCAACUCUAACAGUGUUCACAUUCACUUUUCAUCACACGGAAACAGUGAAGAGAGUAUCAUUUAGCUAGCAUAGAAUACAGUUGAACUCGUCGGUGUCACAUCACGAUCAUACUUACUACAAUGAGCGGCAGAGGGAAACCACGAAGCGUGCGCGCAAAGAGUCCGGAACCAGCGCAUGUCAAGAAUCCGGUUCGGGCCAAGAGUGCCCGGCAACCUCCAAAGGAACCAGUGAAAGACACUAAGAAGGAAACGCAACAGGUCAUUGAUGAAUACAACCCCAAGAAAACCAAGGAACAUAAGCAGCCUAAUCGCACCACUGGGGAAAAGGCACCUGUGCCACAGAAGUGCGUAGAAUUUAAAACCGGAUCAAGGAUGGUCAAAAAAGGUUACAGCGUUGACUCAAAUCCGAAUAAGAUCCUGUUUACAACCAUUGAACAAUUGAAGAUUAAGAAGAAACAGAAAUCGGAAUCAGCAAGUAUUGUCAAUGACACGGUAAAGCAUAUAAUGGACCACAUGAAAAAGUGUACAGAAUGCUUCAAAGAUGUAAAUGAUCUGCGCACUGGGAGUUAUUACGAGAAUUUAAAGAUUUCUAAUCCCGACGAAUUUGACGUGAUGUUAACUGUGCCUGUCAAGCGGGUGGACAUUCGGCCGUUUGGGGAUGUUGGGGCGUUUUACAGCGUGGCGUUCAAACGAGGAAAACACUCGUUGGAUCGCUUUCUAUGUGAAGACAACACAAUAUCUGCCAGUGGAAUGCUUACGGAGUUCAGAAACGAGGUUAAAACGUGUGUGAAGAUACUCGAAGACGUGGAGUUGGAGAAGAAAAAGAAGGGUUGCCCGGCGGUGACUUUACUGAUAAACGGGACGGGAACGGUCCCUAUCUCACUGGACAUUGUUCUGGGUCUUGAGGUCCGCUCGAGCUGGCCCACUUUCACCCAAGGAGGAAUAGACAAAAUAGACAUCUGGCUCGGGACCAAAGUGAAGAAAGAACAAAAGCUUAAGGGGUACUACCUCGUUCCGAAGUACGAGGGAAAGGGCACGGUGGAACGGGAAGGUGUCUGCGCCAAAGACACGUGGCGCAUCUCAUUCUCGCAUGUGGAGAAGAGUAUCCUAACAAAUCAUGGCUCUCAGAAGACCUGCUGCGAGGCCAGCGGGACUCGCUGCUGCAGGAAGUUCUGUCUGAAGCUUCUGAAGCACCUGUUGGACUUGCUGAAGGCAGAGAACCCUCGUCUGUCAAAGUUCUGUUCCUACCACGCCAAGACCACCCUGCUCCACGCCUGCUGCUCCAGGACCCAGGACAGCGACUGGGAGGCGGCCCAGCUGGGACUCUGCUUCCAGCAGCUGCUGGAGGACUUUGAGGGCCACCUGAAAGAUGGCAUGCUCCCCAACUUCUUUAUCCCCAAACACAAUCUACUGGGCUCCGGCCAUGACCGCAAGAGCUGUCAGUUCCUGGCCCGGCGCAUCGAGGAGGAACGCAACAAUGGUUUCCCCAUUUUCCGCAAGUGCUCCGGCCUGUCCGGCGCCGCUGCCGGAGCGUCCCGCCUGUCCAGCGCCGCUGCCGGAGCGUCCCGCCUGUCCGGCGCCGCUGCGGAGCCUCCCGCCUGUCCGGCGCCGCUGCCGGAGCCUCCCGCCUCCGGCGCCUGUCCCGCCGGCGCCGCUGCCAGAGCCCCUCAUCUCUACGAGUCUCACUGGGCGUUUCCUAACCCGACUAGCCCCUGA